CGUCGGCCGUCCGAGAUCUCGUUCCUAGUGCUCCCUCCUAGGGUUUAACAGCCUUCUCCCUCAAUCUGAGAGUUGUAGUGAGUAAGCACUCGACAAGGCGAUUGAGAUGGACAAGAGCAUGCUCGGCGACUUGGACGCUCUACCGGAGGAGGAUAAGAUGCGCAUGACCGCCAUGAUCGACCAGCUCCAAAUUCGCGACAGUUUGAGGAUGUACAAUUCGCUGGUGGAGAGAUGCUUUACUGACUGUGUCGACACAUUCCGGCGCAAAUCUCUCGAUAAGCAAGAAGAGACGUGUGUUCGUAGGUGUGCCGAGAAGUUCCUGAAACACUCAAUGCGAGUGGGCAUGAGAUUUGCAGAGCUCAACCAAGGAGCUGCAACACAAGAUUAAGUUGUUUUGCGAAUUUCGGGCUUUGUUCCCAUGCCGGGGGUGCUAAUUCAUUCCAUCAAUUUCUGCCUACUUUUGAACUUUGGCGAUAUAUCAUUGUUUAGUUUUGAAGAUAUUUAUUUGAACUGGCAGGUCUUUGUUUCUUGUACUUUCUUUACGUUACAAAUAAGAACAGAAGUCUCUUUUCUAACACCCUUUUGAUACAUUGCUUGUAUACUAUGGUUUCUGACUCA